AUAUCCGUCCCCCUUCCACCUUCCGCCUCUUAUGUAGUUCCACAACACGCAUGUUAUCGAGCUUUUAAAAAAGUUUGGUGUCAUGAGUGCUGAUACGUGUGAUGAAAACGUGUCUCUGCCUUUACGAAAUCUACUGAACUCCAUCCGGUGCGUCACAGACAGAGUCAGAGAUGGCGAGUCCAACGCGUCGGAGGGAGCGUUCGACCUCUCCAACUUCCGGGACGCUCUGAACCAGGCGGUGAAGGCUGUGUCCCAUGAAGCCACCAAGCUCAGCCUGGCCUUCUCCAAGCCGCCGCUGCCGUCACCGCAGGACGUAGAGAAGUUCUCCGAGUCCACCAUGAAGAGCGUCCUCAGUCUGUCCACAGUCUACUACUGGCUACCCAAGGACCAAGGUGUGAGUCUGCGCCGGCAGGUCAGAGACGCCACGGUCGAGGUCCUGGAGGGCGUCGCCCAGCUGGUGGAAGUCAUCCUGAGCUCGCCGCUACAGAGUCUGUCCCAGGACCAGUUAACGUCAACAGGAAGUGUUUGGUCGGCCUGCGACCACUUUGCCCAGUUGCCACAAGAUAACAAGGCGGCGGUGUUGAUGGUUCUGUCUGAUCAGAUUGGAGUUGUGAAAGAUGCCAUAGAGGAAGUAGAGCAGGCGCUGUCCGAGGCCGAGGACCCGUUCAGUGACGUCCUCGACAACGACCAGGAGCCCCGGGGCAACCAGGACACCUACUGGUCAGAGCAUGACCGGCUCCUGAUUGGUCCGUGCCGGGGGCUGAUGAUGGCGGCGGCGGCGUGCCUCAGGAAGCUGACGUCGGCGGUCAAAGCGAACGGUGACGUCACCACGGCCCAGAACCUGGCCCAGCUCGACGACCUGGCCGACAUCACCAAGGAGAUCAGUCCUGUUCUUGAUGAUCUGGCUCUGUGCCUCUACCCCCCAAUGGACUACAGCGGAGUAGAGAACAACGUGUCCAAGUUGGCGGCCUUGUUAAAGAAAGUUUUGCAGAUCAUCAGGUCCAGUCACGUGUGUGGAGAGUCACAGCUGACCUGGGUUCAGUUCUUAGAAGGAGCCGUGGAUCACAACCUGCAGAAAGCCAAAGACCUCAUUCAGCAGGACAGCUAGUGUGUGUGUGUGUGUGUGUGUGUGUGUGUGUGUACGGAGUAGGAAAAUAAAGGAUUGAGUCCUCACAUGAACUCCUGGUGUGUCUCUGCUGCAUAUGUAUUGCGUCACAAGACGGACAUGGAUCAGGCUUAAUAUUACACACGUUCAAAUUGUCCCUCCUUAUAAAUACUGCAUCACUUUUCAUUAUUAUUGAUAAUAGCAUUGAAGAAAUAUCCAUAAAAAUAUUUUUUGAGACCAUUUAUGGUUUGCUAAACCAAAGAAAAUAAAGUAUUCCAUGUUCAUUUACUUCUUUUUUUGGUCCUUGUGCAGGAUAACAAGGAUUUUUGAAGAAAGAAACAUUGCAGUUGGGCUUUAAAUUGCCUGCACUAUUUCCAAAUUAGAUUGAGAUCAAACAAAUAGAGCAAAUUAGCUGUACGAACCAAACCACAAUCCAUGCAUAAUGAUUUAUGUAUUA